CCCGCUGUCGAGCUUGAUGACUCUGUGUCCGCUGUCGUGCCAGAUGACUCGGUGUCCGCUGUCCUGCCAGAUGACUCGGUGCCCGCUGUCCUGCCAAAUGACUCAGUGCCCGCUGUCGAGCUUGGUGACUCGGUGCCCGCUGUUGUGCCAGAUGACCCAGUGCCCGCUGUCGUGCCAGAUGACUCGGUGCCCGCUGUCAUGCCAGAUGACUCAAUGCCCGCUGUCGUGCCAGAUGACUCGGUGCCCGCUGUCGAGCUUGAUGCCUAGGUGCCGGCUGCCUCGCCUGAUAGCCGAUGCCCGUUGCCUCGCCUGAUGGCCCGGUGCCCCGCCUGAUGGCCCGGUGCCCACUGCCUCGCCUGAUGGCCCGGUGCCCGCUGCUCCACCUGAUGGCCCGGUGCCCCUCUGCUUCGCCUGAUGGGCCCGAUGCCUCGCCUGAUGGCCCGAUGCC